AUGCGAUUAAACCAAAAUGUCAAAAUAAUAGGUAGUAAUGUCGUUCUUGUACCGUACGAAAAGGAUCAUGUUAUAAAGUACCACAAAUGGAUGGAAGACGAUGAGAUACGACGGUUAACUGGCUCCGAACGUUUGUCUCUCGAUGAAGAGUAUGAGAUGCAACGAGCUUGGCGCAAUGACGAAGAUAAGCUCACUUUCAUAAUUUUGUCAAAGGUGCUGGUUGAUAGCGGAGUUACUGAAAUUGACAGCAUGAUUGGAGACGUGAACUUGUUUUUACAACAACAAGAGCACACCGCGGAAGUUGAGAUUAUGGUAGCUGAAAAAGAAGCUCGUGGAGGCGGAUUGGGCACUGAAGCUGUUUCUCUUUUGAUCUCUUACGCCUUGAAAGAAUUGGGAGUAAAGCAGUACUUUGCGAAGAUCACUGAUGAUAAUAUUGCUAGUUUGCAUUUGUUUGAAGACAAGUUGAAGUUCAGGCGUGUUGCACACAGUGAUGUGUUCAAGGAAUACACUCUAGAGUUACCUUCGAUUGAGUUAGAGUCUUUCAGAGAGUUAAUCAAUAGAAUUGAACUCGAUCUUUACAGAAACUGA